CCAACAGUCGAGAGCAUUCAUUCAAUAACCUCCAAGAUGUUUUCAUUCACAAGAGUACUCCGCAACGCAGAACACAUCGCUACCACCGGCAUUACCGGUCUUGCAGCUGUCGCCAAACCCCGCCCUGUCCUGCUCGAACACUACAAGAACACCCUCGCCGCCCUCUCCGAGCUGCCAUCGCAUGCCGUCUACAGACAAGCCACUGAGGCCCUGACAAAGCACCGUCAGAGUAUCGUUGAGGCUACCGAGAGUGCCGACGAGAUCGAGCAGAAGAUUGGUGCUGGUUUGAUUGAGGAGGUUAUUCUUCAGGCGGAGACUGAGCUAAGCCUUGCUAAGAAGAUGAAGGAGUGGAAGCCAUGGGAGGCUCUGGAGGAGCCAGCACCGAAGGGUCAGUGGGAGUACUUUGAGAAGAAGUAAGAUGGACAAAAGCGAAGCAUGUGCAGAAGAAU